AGCCACUUGGAGGCUCACACACAUCCGCUCGACUCUGUGCUAGACGAAGAAUGGAAAUGGCCCUUCUCAAAGUUCGGUUACAAAACCGCCAACGUUCUUUUCACUAACCUUCACUUGGAGUUCAACUGUAUCAAAAUUACGAUUCAAGAUCCUUGCACCUGGUAUAAUAAUGUUUGCGGUGUGGCAAGAAGCGCCGAAAACAAGGAAGAGUUCCUAGUCCAGCUCAAACAAUGA